AUGAAUUUUGUGAUCGAAUCCCAACUUUCAUUUCAACCUUCUGAUCGCCAAUUAUCUCCAUGCACACAACCCAAAAACCCUAAUCCAGUUUCAGAAUCAGUGAAGGCACAAUUAGCGUCACACAAAAGGAAAGGAGGGAGAAAGAAGUUUCAAGAGACCCGCCACCCAAUUUACAGAGGUGUUCGAGAAAGAAAGGGUAAAUGGGUUUGUGAACUAAGGGAACCAAAGAAGAGUUCAAGGAUAUGGUUAGGGACAUACCCUACACCUGAAAUGGCAGCUAGGGCAUAUGAUGUGGGUGCCCUAGCAAUUAGAGGCACUUCAGCAGUGCUUAACUUUCCAAAUUCAGCUUCUUUUCUUCCAAUUCUUAAGUCAUCUUCAGCUAAAGAUAUAAGAGAAGCUGCAGCUGAAGCUGCUGAGAAUUUUAGACCAAGCACUUCUUUUUCUUUGUCCAAUUCUCACAACAAAAAAAUAAGACGGAAAAUUAAGUGUAAGAAAGGUAAAAAGGCAGUGUUCUUUGAUGAGGAGGCAUUGUUUAAUCCAGGUUUCUUGGAUAGCAUGGCAGAGGGUUUGUGUAUUUUCCCAGUAUCAAUGGAAAGCUCAUUGGAUUGUUGGGAUGAUCUUGUUUAUAGCAUGGACUUCAAUUUAUGGACAGAUUGA